UUCCAUUAAACAUUUGUCUUUAAUUUUCCUAACAAAGCAACGGAAGUUAUGGUACUCUGAACUCUCCAGUCGGUGUCCCGCUCACAACUCCUAAAUGUCCUUCAAUCCACCGUCACGAGAACCAGUAGUGAACAUUCAAGAAACAAAUGGAGAAACCCAUCUCUGUGAAGCUCUGCAACAAUCAACAGCUAUGGUUAGUGGUCCUCAUCUCCUUCGUUUCAUGCCUUGUUUUGGUUUGCUUUGAUUACUCUGCUUUAACUUCUACCGAAACCGAUGUCACCACAAGUCUCUUUGGCCCUGCAAUUGGUACCCAAACCAAACCCAGAUCUUGUUUUGGUCGAUACAUAUAUGUUCACGACCUUCCAAGUAGAUUCAACCAGGAAUUUCUCGAUAAUUGCGAGUCAAUUACAAGAGGCACUAACUCUAACAUGUGUCCGUACCUUGUGAAUUCUGGGUUUGGUUCCAAAAUUGGAGACUCACAAGGGUUUCUGCUGAACAAUAGUUGGUAUUCAACAAAUCAGUUCUUGUUAGAAGUAAUUUUCCAUAACAGGAUGAAGAGAUAUGAGUGUUUGACAAAUGAUUCCUCAUUUGCCUCAGCCGUUUAUGUCCCAUUCUAUGCUGGUCUUGACAUCAGUCACUACCUCUGGAAUGUUAGCAUUUCAGUGAGAGACUCAUCUGCAAAAGAGCUGGUGAAGUGGUUAAUUGAUAAGCCUGAGUGGAGAAGGAUGUGGGGGAGGGAUCAUUUCUUGGUUGCAGGAAGGAUUUCAUGGGAUUUUAGGCGACAAACGGAUGACGAAUCUGAUUGGGGCAGCAAGCUUAGGUUCUUACCAGAAUCCAAAAACAUGUCAAUGUUGUCAAUUGAAUCAAGUUCUUGGGACAACGAUUAUGCAAUUCCAUACCCAACUUGUUUUCACCCGAAAACGGACAGUGAAAUUGAAGCUUGGCAGGAGAAAAUGAGAACCCAGAAGAGGCCAUAUUUGUUCACAUUUGCAGGUGCUCCAAGGCCUGACCUUGACAACUCUGUUAGAGGUAAGAUUAUUGAAGAAUGCAAAGCCUCCAAGAAACUGUGCAAAUUGUUGGACUGCAAUUAUGGUGUUACUGAUUGCGAUAACCCAGUUAACUUGAUGAAGUUGUUUCAAAGCUCAGUGUUCUGCUUGCAACCAACUGGGGAUUCAUACACUAGAAGAUCAAUUUUUGACUCAAUUUUGGCAGGUUGUAUUCCAGUGUUUUUCCAUCCUGGUACUGCAUAUGCACAAUACAAAUGGAACUUACCAAAGAAUUACAGUGACUACUCUGUGUACAUUCCAGUUAGAGAUGUGAAAGACUGGAAAGCUGGGAUCAAUGAGACUUUGCUGCAUAUUUGGGAGGAUAGAGAAAGAGUUUUGGGUAUGAGAGAGCAAGUUAUAAAUUUGAUUCCAAGAGUGGUGUAUGCAGAUCCCAUUUCAAGAUUAGAGAGGUUUGAAGAUGCAUUUGAUGUAGCAGUCGGGGGAAUUCUUGAUAGAAUUGAGAGUGUUAGGAGAACUAUUAGGGAGGGGAAGGAUCCUAGUGUUGGUUUUGCAGAUGGUGAUGAUUACAAGUACACAUUUUCUGGAUAUGUUGGAGAAACUUAGUCAGAUCUCUUCAUUUUUUUUUUUAUUUUACUUCAAAUGAAUACAUAUCUAUAUAUUUUUUUCAGC